UUAUUAUAAAUAUUUUAUUUUAUAUUUCUAUAAACAAGCUACCUACCGCUUUGAGCAAGGCCAUUCAGCUUUUGGGGGUGAAAUUCAGCUUUUCCAGAUUACCUCAAACACAUCAACAACACAACAUCAUAAGUUUGCUUGUCAAACAGUUUGUUGCUGUAAACUACAUAGUUUGGCUGUUAGCUAAUGGACAAGGGGGUGCCACCUGCCAUCUUCGCAAAUGAUGGUUCAUUUAUGGAAAGGUUCAAGCAACUUCAACAAGAGCAGGGAAAGGGGAAGAAUGUCAACAUCAAGGAUUCUAAACCAAUUAAAGUUAUAUCAGGGUCUUUGUCUUCUAAUCCUUCCAUUAGUAAAAUGUCAGUGGACUUGAAGGCAAGUGAUGCACAUAAAACACCCCAAGCUGGUUCCAGUGGCAAGCUAGCUUUCAGUUUAAAACAAAAGUCUAAGCUGGUGCCACCACCUGUUAAGUUAAGUGCUGAUGAGGAUGAAGAAGAAACAGAUGUUGCGGAUGUUCCAAAUGAUGCACCACAGAAACGGCAAAAGUUAGGCCAGGAGAAGGGCACUGAGAAGUCAUCAAGACAAGUUGAUGUUGUACCUCCUUCUCCAAGUGAUCCUACAGUGAAGAAAGUAGCUGACAAACUGGCAAGUUUUGUGGCUAGAAAUGGAAGGCGAUUUGAGGAUGUCACACGUUCAAAAAAUCCUGGGGAUACACCUUUCAAGUUUUUAUUUGAUGAGAGAUGUGCUGACUACAAGUAUUAUGAAUAUCAACUUGCUCAAGAGGAAAAGGCUCAUAUGCAGUCCCAGGAAUCACAGGCGCCUCCUAAUGGGUGUACAAGCACUUCGUCUUCCAUACAGACAAAUGGUCCUCAAAAAUCAUCUCAGCAGCGUACAGCCUACCAAAUCCCUGCAUCUGCUUUAUAUGAAAGUGGUGGCAAUUCAAGGGCUUCUGUAUCUUCAAUUCAAACAUUAUCAGCAGGAAGCAUUGAGGAACCCAGUGUUUCAUCAAGUGCUGAUUCCUUAGCACUGAUGGAGUUCUACAUGAAGAAAGCUGCACAGGAAGAAAAGUUUAAACAACCUAAGCAGUCAAAAGAUGAGAUGCCCCCUCCUGCUUCUCUUCAAGGUAAGAAAGGCCAUCACAUGGAUGAUUUCAUUCCACCGGAAGAACUUAAUAAGUUCUUGGCUAGCUGUAAUGAUGCUGCAGCACAGAAAGCUGCCCUGGAGGCUGCAGAGAGGGCUAAAAUCCAGGCUGAUAACGUUGGUCAUAAGCUCUUGUCAAAAAUGGGUUGGAAAGAAGGUGAGGGUCUGGGCGGCUCUAGGAAGGGCAUUUCGGAUCCUAUCAUGGCAGGUAACAUUAAGAAGAAUAACUUGGGGGUUGGUGCUCACGAACCUGGGGAGGUGACUGCUGAGGAUGACAUAUAUGAGCAGUACAAGAAGCGGAUGAUGCUCGGCUACCGCCACAGACCCAAUCCUCUGAACAAUCCUCGCAAGGCUUAUUAUUGAACAUCACAGUGGAAGCCCCGGACAACUCUGCUAGGGGUAGUAAACUUUAUAUCGUUGGAUAAAUUAGUGUAUUGGUUGUGGGAUUUUGUGAGAUUGUGUGUAGGCUUCACUUGUUUGGGUCUUCUAAACUUCAGACUUGGGGGACGUUUUUUUUAUUUGGGUGG